UCCGCCAGACUGACGCAAGUUGGUGUUCCAGUAGUUAAAAUGGAGAGUGAUACGACUGUUAGGAGAAUAAAGCUGCACGCCAUACAAAAUGACAUACCCGAGGAUAGUAGUUAUGCUCAUAACCGACAUGAUAAGUACGGCUAUGGGGAUAUAGAAAAGAAGUCCGAAAUCAAUUCGUACUUGCUACGCGAAGGAGUGGCCGCUGUACUUGUGGUGGCAUUUAUUUUAGUGUUGUGGGGACUAGUUCAUUUAUCUUUACAGCAGCUUGUCUUAGGGAGAUCUACUGGCGAAUUCAAUGCACUAAGAGCCAGAAAACACCUGGAAAGCAUCACCAGUGUGGGUCCUCGACCAGUGGGAAGUGUGGAGAAUGAGGUCAUGACUGUGGGUUACCUGCUGGCUGAGAUCGAGCACAUCCGGGAGGAGAGCAUGGCUGGGCCCCAUGCCAUUACUGUGGAUGUGCAACGGCCCACUGGCUCCUUCAGCAUCGACUUCUUGGGUGGCUUCACCAGCUACUAUGACAAGGUCACGAACAUUGCUGUCAAAUUGGAGCCUAAGAAUGGCGCACAGCACCUCAUGUUGGCCAACUGUCAUUUUGACUCUGUGGCUAACAGCCCAGGGGCAAGUGAUGAUGCUGUAAGCUGUGCAGUCAUGUUGGAGGUGCUGCAUUCCCUUGCUAACCUGUCCACUCCACUGCUGCAUGGAGUUGUGUUUCUCUUCAAUGGGGCAGAGGAGAAUGUUCUGCAGGCGAGUCAUGGUUUCAUUACCCAGCACCCCUGGGCUAAGAAAGUACGAGCCUUUAUUAACCUGGAGGCUGCAGGUGUGGGGGGAAAGGAAGUAGUCUUUCAGACAGGGCCAGAGAAUCCUUGGCUAGUGCAAGCCUAUGUCCAUGCUGCCAAGCAUCCUUUUGCCUCUGUGGUAGGGCAGGAGGUGUUUCAGAGUGGCGUGAUCCCCUCUGACACAGACUUCCGUAUCUACAGGGACUUUGGCAAUAUUCCAGGCAUAGAUCUGGCUUUCAUUGAGAAUGGCUACAUUUACCACACCAAGUAUGAUACAGCAGACCGAAUCCUGACAGACUCCAUCCAGAGAGCAGGGGACAAUAUCCUAGCCGUACUUAAGCACCUGGUUAUGUCUGAGAAGUUGGCUGAUGCUUCUGAAUAUCGCCAUGGAAACAUGGUGUUUUUUGACCUACUGGGCUUGGUUGUGGUGGCAUAUCCAGCACGUGUUGGUACCAUCAUCAACUGCAUAGUUACCAUGGCAACAUUCUUUUACCUGGGGAAGAAGUGCAUGCUGCCCAGCAAUAUGGGGGGGCGAUAUAUCCGGGAGCUGGUGUAUGCAGUCGGUGUGGCGCUGCUCAGCUGGCUGGUGACACUUCUGUCAGUGCUAAUUGUGGCACUGCUAGUGACUCUGUUGGGCCGCUCAAUGUUCUGGUACAACCACUUCUAUGCUUCCAUCUGCCUGUAUGGGGCAGCAUCUACUGGCAAAAUGAUCCUUAUUCACACUCUGGCCAAAAAUCUCUAUUACGGGAAUGUGCAGCGUUUGGAGCUGGGAGAGUUGUUUUUCGACGUAAGUCUUGUGCUGUGGUGCUGUGCACUGGUCUACCUCACCCAGCAGGGCCUGUGUUCUGCCUAUGUGCCAAUGCUGAUGGUGGCCUUCCCCCUGACCACAAAGCUGCUCUUAUCCAGAGAAUUCAAACAGAGAGGUGCAUCAGUGAAAUACUCAAUCCUGUACCUGGUGGGAUUGGCUUUACCUUAUGUGCACUUCAUGUUCCUAAUCUGGGUGGUCUUUGAGAUUUUCACUCCAAUCCUGGGCCGCAGUGGCACCGAGAUACCCCCUGAUGUGGUACUAGCCUCACUCAUCACCCUUGGAACUUUCCUCCUCUCCUCAUAUUUUAUGCACUUCAUCUACCUGGCCCGUAGUACUAAAUGGAUCUUGACAGUUCUGGGGACUGUCUUUGUGGUGGUCUUCAUUCUGGUAUCAUGUGGAGUGUUCUUCCCCUAUUCUUCCAACUCAUAUAGCCCCAGACCAAAGCGAGUGUUUUUGCAGCACACCACGCGUACCUUCCAUGGACUAGAUGGUCAGGUAGCAUACAAAGACUCAGGACUCUGGAUCAACAGUUUUGACUACACAGCUAUGAGACACAUAACACCUCACAUCCCAGAGAUCAACGACACUAUCCGCAAACACUGCCAGGAAGACCUGCCCUUCUGUGGUUUCCCCUGGUUCUUGCCCAUGAAGUUCCUGGUAAAGAAAAACUGGUACCUCCCAGCAGAAGAAGUAUCUCCAAAGUUCCCUAUGGAGUUUAAACUUCUGUCAAAAUACAAGACAGAGUGGGGCACUAUUAGAAUGUCUUUUGAAGCAAAAGGCCCAAGCCAUAUGUCCCUAUACCUGUUUCCCUACAGUGGGGCAACACUGACCAGCUGGUCAUUUGGCGAUGGCAUUCCUCAGUUUGAUCUCAGUGGGGAGUACUUUAUAUUUUACUCACAUGGUCUGGAGGCUCCUGCUUGGAACUUUUGGUUGGAAAUCCAGCCUUCAAGCACAGGAUCAGAAGAAGGCAUGAUCUCGAUGGCCAUCUCAUCUCAUUACUUUUUUGGGGAGGACAAGCUAACACCCCAGCUGGAAGUGAUGCUGCAGCGCUUCCCUCUCUGGGCCUUCCCUUCCUCUUGGGUUAGCACUUACAACUUGUACCGCUACUAAUGAGCUCUCACAUACAUACAGACUCUCAUACAAGGGUUUGAGAAUUUCUAAAGUUAUUACCCAAACAAAAUAUCACAUCCCCUCUCACACAGUCAUUCACAAGCGCACACACACACAUAUUCACUCCCAAUUUGCUGCUGCACAAACCUCCACUGGAUAAGUCGACCUUACAUGGAUGCACAACAAAUAUACUCACAAACUUGUACAGUGUACAUAUCCUUACACUCUUUCUGAUGCAAAUGCAACAGUCACUGUGUCGACAGGCCAAGUUUAUUUAUUGAGGACCAACCAACAUUUUUUCUACUCUCCAGUGUGGUCUCUCUUCUCUCACUCUUGCAUUUUAUUUUGUCCCUUUUUGUUUUAAUCUGUAUCUGUGUGAAUUGCCUUGGGUGAUCGCCCUGCUUCAUAUUAUGUUGCUUGGUCUGGUAAGGUUAUGGACGAAAAGUCAUGGAGAAAGAGUUGACUGAGGAGGCAAGGUUCACCAAGCCCCCUUUUUCUGUUCCUUGGACUGCUAUCCUACCAGAUGGGCUGAAGUGGCUCAAUCAAGACUCAAGUGCUUUACAUUUCUACAUAGGCCGCCUUCUGUUGUCAGUUGGAUUGUUGCUACAGAACAGGGAUGUCUUAGCACCCUCAGACCCCUCUUAACCACAUGACUUCAAGACAACAAGAAUGCUGAAGCAGUGAUGCAGCUUUUCAUAUGUAUUCAUGGUGACAAUUGUUUUAGAGGAGACAAGACAAUGUUGACACACCGUACAACUUACACUUACAGUACUUAAUGCAUGUUUAUUUCGAAUCACAAUUGCACACAGGUGGUGCUUCACAUUAACCUGAGCCUUAACCUUGAGUGCUCAGAGCAGCUUUUAUUAACUUCCUCACUUCCUGAUUCUGCUCUUGUUUCAGAGGUUCAGUGCUCUAGGUACAUGUCCGGGUACAUUUUUAUUCUUCAGUUAGUGGGGAUGUUACACUGCAUUCAAUUGGACAUCUAUUGUGGAGCUUGCUUUUGGUGAAACAAAUGUGAGAUUGUCUAAAGACGCUACCCUGAUACUUUACUGCUAUCUAUUGCUGACAUUCUGACCAGCAUUUGCAUUUGAGGAAACUGCAGUUUUUUUAAGUAUGUUUUUUGGGCUUUUGCCUUUAUUUUAGAUAGGACAGUAGAAAGACUGACCGGAACCGAGUGUGGGGGGGUGGGGAUCGAGAAAUGACCCAGGUCGGACUCAAACCCGGGUGCCCGUGGGCACUUGGGCCCAAUUGUGGUACGGGCGCUGUAGCCAAUUGCGCCACACCCCAAGUGUCUGUUAUUUCCUUGUUUCCUUGCAGGUGUAAGUCCUCAACAUGGGGCCUGACUGGAUCUUCACUACUAGCAAAAUGUUUCUUGAUUUUUGAAAUCUUAUUACAUUAACUAUGGUGCAAUAGACUUAAGUAUGGGAAUUGGUGUGGGAAUUUAAUAGCUAUAUAGGUUGCAGAUUACCACUGCUAUUAUUGUUAUUGUUCUUUUGGGAGAACAUCACUGUGUCUCACUUUGAAAUGUAAUUUACUAUUUAGAUUUACUGUAAGUCUCUGAAUUUGCUACACAGGAGCAUUCAUGCAUUUGCCCAAUUGUUUUGGCAUGGUGUGUAAUAAACAGGAAUGCUUUUUAAAUUUGAACAAAGCUUUUAAAUGUUAUAUAUAGAUAGAUAGAUAGAUAGAUAGAUAGAUAGAUCCUCAAGGGGAAAUUGAAGAGUUAUGUAUAUAAGAGUUAUUCAAGUUAUGGGUUAUUGUUAAAGUUUCCCUAAAAUUUCCUGUGUGGUCUCUGGGCAAAUCCUGUGUGUCAAACAUGCAUAAUUCAAACUAUGCAAAUUAUGUCUCGGCUUGUGUAUGUGGAGCGUAGUCACAAUAGCAAGCAGUACAAUACUGAAACAUUAACAUUCCCACUCCAGUUUGUUUGUCUGCCCUGUCCUUUCAGAACAAUUCUUGUAUAGUUUGUGAAAUGGUACCCUGCAGGUACUGUAGUUGACCAGUGAGUUAACCUCGCCCCUGAAUAGCAUCCAUGGGUUUAAACCCAUUUGCUAGCAUGCUCACCCUCCAUUUUUAGGUGCUGCAAGUUUGCUGGUUUGAGCCCAAGCUGAUUUGGGGCUGACUGUGCAGUCAACACAACACCGGUUACAUUUGUGCAAGUAGAAAUCUCAGAAAUUCUGAAGGGGCUCCUAGUUCCAUGACCAUAGGCUUUUGAAGGCCUGCUGUUCUACUGGUCAUGAUUAGGGUCUGGUGUUUAUUUACCAGCACACUUUAGCUCUUCCACAGUAAGUCAGGUUAGGGGGUUGUGUAGAAAAGUUAAAGAUCACAUUACUGACAUUGCAAAUGAUAACAUGUUUUAAUAAACCAGGAAUGGGAA